CGGAAGUGUUCCUGAUGCUCCUGUUGACGGAACAGAGGCGUGAGAGCGCAGCAGCAGCCAGAGCCCACACAGACGGAAGGUUGAACAUCGGAUUCUCUUCAUACAAACAGUCAGGAUAUGUCUGUAAGGAUGGAAAUGGAUAUCAGUGGAGUGUCAAGGACACACGUCUCCAUUCUUCCUGCAGCUGAAAUCAAAGCCACAUUGAAACCAGAAGCAGAGAGACCUCGCUGUGCCAGCACCCCAUGUUCACCCAUCAGAGGUACUGUUGCAGGAUACCAGAUCCUCCACAUGGACUCAAACUAUCUGGUAGGCUUUACCACUGGUGAGGAGCUGCUCAAGCUGGCCCACAAGUGGUCAGAGGGCACUCCAGAGAAGGGCUCUGUAUCAGAGGCCGUGUCCAGCUCCAUCCAGAGCACUGUCCCAAAGUCUGUGGACUUGGGUAUCCACCGCUCUUCACGAAUCUGCAAAGGCAAAAGUCGCUACUACCAACCCUACGACAUUCCUGCUGCCAAUGGGCGAAGACGGAGGCGUAUGCCCAGCUCUAGCGACACGUUCCUUAGGUCCCUGGCCAACGGGGAGCCUGGUAGGGGUCUACAUGCUCCACUCCCUCUCUGUCUGCUUAAAGGGAAGAGGGCUCAGUCCAAGUCUCUGGACUACCUUAAUCUGGACAAAAUAAGCAUUAAAGAGUCAUCAGACACUGAAGUGUUACAGUACCAACUGCAGCACCUCACCCUGCGAGGGGAGCGCAUGUUUACCAGGAACAAGACAUGAAAGCACAGUGGAAGGCUGUUUUUUUUUUAGGCGUCUUUCACCCUUUUGGGGAUUUAGGUGCUAUUUCCAGCUUGGGUUCUUUCUACUCAGAUUACAAACUGUUCUCUCAGAGGGCAGUCUGAUAAUCUUGUUAUAUUAUUAACUGGGGGGUUUACCUUGUACUGUACACAUAAUGUUGUGAAGAAAAUCCUCCAAUCACUCCUCACAUUGUAACGAGGUUGUUGAGAUUUAAAAUGUGAAUUAUAUAAAUUUAGCAAUAACUAGUGAACCUAUUUAUUGACAGUGUUGUGUGUUUGUACUGGUCAGAGACACACUAAUAUAUCAGUUUACAGCUGAUGAAAGCACAUAUCCCAUACUGUAUCAGCUUUAAAAUGCACCAUCGCUAUCGGUCCAAUAAGAGUUUUCUGUGAGGAGUCGUGUUAGUGGAAGUUUUGUGAUUUUUUUCUCCAGAUUAUGACACUACAUACAACUGUCAAAUUAGCAAGAUAAUACAUUGACUACGUUGCUAAUUUAUUGAUUUAUUGCUGUCGGAAAAUAUCAUUGUGUUUUUAACUUCUUAUUUACCAGGAGAAAGAUGUGUGUAAAAAAAAAAAAAACUCAGUGAUACUCAUCUGUUAAAGUAAAGGUAAAGCUAUGUUAAUUAAAGUCCAUCUUAAUACAGCA